AUGGCAUUGCAUAGAUUUGCGCUCCUUGCGUGCGCUGCGACAUUGGCUGGUGCAGAGUGUCCUGCGCUGUGCACUGCCACGACAGACAACACUGCAUGGCCAUGCCGGUACCACAGCAGCGGUUGUCAAGUAACGGUGGCAGCCAAUCCCGUUCGAACCAGCGUCGACGACAUAAAUGUCGCGGUAAUUAGCCCGUACAGUGGCGGCUUGGGAGACCUCAUGACCAUGGUGGAGCCUGCCAUUGCAGCAGCAACGCAGGACGUGGAGAACAGUGCUUUGUUGUCAGGAUAUCGGUUGAAUGUGUACCUGGGCGACUCGAAGUGCACCGUGCCGGAUGCAACGCAAGCAACCAUCGAAGCUUGCACGUCUGGGCCCACGAAGCACGUCAUCUUCGCAGAUUCCUGCAGUGCAUCGUGUGAGGCAGUCAAUGAUGCAGCGCGAUAUUUUAAUGUGUUGCAGGUCUCACCUGGGUGCGUUUCCACGAGGUUGAGCGACUCAUCGCGCUAUCCCUACUUCACACGCAUGGCGCCUUCUUUCCGUUUCAACGUCCUUGCAGUUUACGAGUUCAUGAUGCUUAUGAGUUUCCGACGGAUUGGGAUUGUGUACGGCUACCGGAGCAUCAAUAUCCUCGCCAUGGACCUCUUAGUAGAGCUCGUUCAGGAGGACCUCGAUGCAGGGCGCUACAACUGGACGGUCCUGUUCAAGUUGCAAAUUACCAGUGAAGGUAACGUUCCGGACGCGCAAAGUGCAACAGUUGAGAUGAGGCGUACGGAUUCUCGAAUCAACUUCUUGGCAUUGUAUCAGACCGAGGGUUCGAUGCUGCUUUGCCAAACCUAUCACAGCAAUAUGCUCUCUCCGGACUAUAACUUCCUUGUGGCAUCUGGGUGGUGGAACCCGGGCUUCAUAAUGGAAAGGGCUGGUGCGAGUGAUUGCCCUUGCUCUGUCGCGGAGCUGCACCGUGCCGCCUUCGGGGCAAUCGCGGCAGAUCGCGGACCCAUGCUGAACACCGACGAUGUGCAUGGCAUGUCCGGUCGACGACUGUCAGACAUCUACAGCAACUACACGCAAGACUGUUCGAGCUUCGGAGGCGGGACAGGAGUCUGCAAUCACCAGUGGGCCGGCUACUUCUACGAUGGCAUUUGGCUGAUCGCCAGCAUCCUGAAUGCCUACAUGCUUUCUGGUAACAGGUCAGUCGCCGACCUCGCCACGGCGUCGUCCCGUCAGGCCUUGGAGGAGCUCUCGUUGCAGGUGGACUUCAUGGGCAUAACCGGCCGGGUGCGACAAUUCAACGCGGUCAGCCCCACCACGACGCCUCCUUCCCUCGGAGACCGCGACGGUGUCAUCCUUCUGCGUCAGGCUGGAGGUCCUCCCGAAGACACCUUCAACCAGCUUGCUUACCGGUCCGAGACGGGCAUUCUCUUCCAGACGGACGUGCAGUGGAGCCCGGACGCAGCCCACCGAGUCAGUUGCAGCGGAACCUGCAGUCUCAGCAGCGCUUGGCUGCCUCCAGAUCGCAGCAGCAGUUGCCCAGAUGGGGAAGUCUGGACCAACGAGCUGGGCUGUACUGAGUGUCCGGCGGGGCAGCAUGCAUCCGGUGGAACGGCGAGCUGCCAGCCUUGCGGCAUGGGCUUCUUUGCCAGUCAGCCGGGAGCAGCUAGCUGCCAGCAAUGCUUGCCGGGGAGCUACUCCUCGGCGACGGGGGCAACAGCCUGUUCCGAUUGUCCAGCAGGUCAUUUCAGAAGCUCAGCCGGGGCGACUGAUUGCCAGAAGUGCUCCGAAGGCACGUACGCAUCCCAGCCAGGUCAGGUGGCAUGCACCUUGUGUCCUCCUGGGCUGACAACCAGCUUCGAGGGCGCCGUGGAGCUGAGCAUGUGCUCAUGCGACGGUUUUUACUGGGAAGAGCAGUGCAUCAAAUGUGACCUCAGCGAGCUGUUUGACAACGGUGUCUGCGUGAGCUGCAACAGGAGUAUCAUUUGUGACCAUGGCCUUGUCAUCGGACAUGCCCCAACAGACGCCGAGUGGAGCAACACGCUCAACAUGGCAGGGAAACAACGCACCCUCGCCCAGAAGAUGACGAACGAAUUCCUUCUGGCAGCGUUGGGCAUACAGCCUCAAGAGAACAAGGAGAAGAUGGAGGCCACCAUCACCCUUUUUGGUGCCACGCUCCAGAAUCUGAUGUUCGGAAACAGCAGUGACCAAAUCCUGGCGGCACCGACCAAUGUGCUGGAGUACCUGCAAAACGAAGUUUUGCCCGUCUACACCUCGAUGGCUUCUCUCCUGUCGCAGAACACCGGAAGUUCACCUGGCGGGUCAGUGCUCUACGAGCUGUACGAGCAGAACAUGGUAUUGUUUGCUGUGUCCGACGAUGUGGUAAAUCUGCUGGUGGAGGCUGCCGAGACCUCCGGUGCUCAAACAUCCGGGCUCCUGGUGGACAUCGCCGGCAGGCAAGGCAGCAUGAUCCAGAAGAUGCUUAAAGAUGUUCUCUUUUGCGCUCUGGGGGUGUCCAUUCAAUCCAGCCUUGAAUCUCUGAGGAGACACUCGGCUCUUUCGAAAAAGCGCCUUUUUUCUAUAAGAUCUGACUCUGACGACGAGGACUCAUUGCUGCUCUUACGACAGAUGAUGCAGUCCGUGAUUUGGAAAGGGCUGCGCUUGUUAUCGGCCUUUUCCUGA